AUGAACAAUAAUUCCUCAAGGAGUCACAGCAUAUUUAUGAUUCAUAUCAAAGGCUCUAAUUCUGUUACAAAUGAGAAACAAUCAGGUUCCUUGAACCUUAUUGACCUGGGAGGUUCAGAGAAAAUAUCAGCUUAUGAAUUGACUGGAGAUCUUCAAGCUGAAACAAUAAAUAUUAACAAGAGUCUCAGCAGUCUAAAAACAGUUAUACAAAACAUAAAGGAAAAUGCAAGUCAUAUCAAUUACCGUGAUUCCACCUUGACCUAUGUUUUGAAGAAUUCAUUAG